CGUUAAGGAUUACUCUACUUAGUGAAUGAGCACACUUGCAGGAGUAGCAGCUCCCUCAAAGCGUUAAGAUCCUGCCCCCCCCAAAAAAAAAAAAAAAAAAAAGUAUACUUAAUGGCUAAAUUUAAGAGCUGGCAGGUCUGCUGCCUUCUUUGUGUCGGUUUAUUUUGUGCUGUCGCUCUCAUCUGUUUGUGCAAUGCCUUACUUGUGAAUAAUGGAUGUUCCAGCGGCAGCUUCCAGUACGCGGCUGUGGCCGCCGACUCGCAACUUUGUUCUGACAUCGGCAGGAAUAUGUUACAGCAGGGAGGGUCAGCAGUAGAUGGCGCCAUUGCAGCUCUUCUGUGCACCUCUGUGGUCAAUCCUCAGAGCAUGGGGCUUGGAGGAGGGUCUAUUUUCACUAUACGGGAUCAAACAGGCAAGGUGAAAGUCUUCAGCGCUAGAGAGACUGCUCCACAGGCAGUCAAGGCUAACCUGUUAAAUGAUUGUCCCCGCAACUUAAUAUUUAUAACAGGCAGCCAGUGGAUUGGUGUUCCUGGAGAGCUCCGGGGCUACGAGGAAGUUCACAAAAUGUAUGGGAGGCUCCCCUGGGCCAAGCUGUUCGAGCCCACGAUUAAACUGGCUAGGGAGGGCUUCCAGCUCCCACGCUUUCUGGGACGUCUCCUUAGCUUUCCGCCGAUACAACAGCUUGUGAAAAAUUCAGCUCUCUGUGACUUGUUCUGCAAUAAAAACAAGACACUUCUGAAAGAAGGGGACAUACUCAAGUUUCCAAAGCUGGCGGAAACCAUGGAAACCAUUGCAGAACAAGGAGCAGAUGCCCUCUACAAUGGCAAGAUAGGACUCAACUUGAUCCAAGACAUAAAAGCUGAAGGUGGGACAAUGAAAAUGGAGGAUUUGACAUCAUUCCAGGUACGCUUGGAGGAUGCGUGGACAGUUCCUCUGGGGAACAACCGGAUGCACAUCCCUCGACCACCUGCAGGGGGCGCCUUGCUUGCCUUCAUUCUCAGCCUAAUGAACGGUGUCAUGUCUAUUACAACUCUUUCAGUCCUUGAACCUAGUGACUGCAACAGCUACAUUUAUGUAGCAUCUGAAUGGGUCCAGCUUGUUGUUAAUGUUGGUUGUCACCAUCUUUCCUCAGAGUUCUCCCUCUCCCCAAAAUCCAUGGAAGGUGACAAAAGGGUCCAUACUUAUCAGCGUUUCAUAGAGGCAGUUAAAUUUGCCAAUGGGCAUAAGAGGAGCAUUCGUGAUCCAGUUUUCAGUAAUGGAGAGAGUGCAGCUCAUUUGAUUGAUUCUAACUUCAUUCAACGGGUCAGGGAAAUGAUAUCUAUAAACCGCACCCAUGAUGACUCAUACUACAACUUGAAACCAUCCUCUGACCACUUUGGGACCACACAUGUGUCUGUCCUGGAUAAAGAUGGUUUUGCUGUGUCUGCCACCAGCACCAUAAAUCAUAUCUUUGGCGCAGCCAUUUACUCUAAGAGCACAGGCAUUAUUCUCAACAAUGAACUGGCUGACUUCUGUUGGAGAUCAGAUACAGUGAGGCCAGGUGAGCAGCCUCCAUCCUCAAUGUCUCCAACAAUACUUGAGUCUGCGUCUGGAGGAAUUCUUGUGAUUGGAGGAUCAGGGGGAAGCAUGAUCACCUCUGCAGUAGCCUUGUCUAUAAUGAAUCACCUGUGGCUAGGAAUGAAUCUGAGAGAUGCCAUUGCUGCCCCGAUAGUAUUUGUUGAUGCUGACAACAAUUUAAACUUUGAGCCUGGUUUUGAUGAGUUUGUGAUAGAAGCCCUGACAGAUCUUGGACACAGAGUGAAGCAUUGGAAAUACUUCUUCAAUGUGGUCAAUGCUGUGGAAAAGAAGAACGGCUGCAUUACAGCCAUUUCUGACAACAGGAAGAUGGGCCAAGCAGCUGGGUACUGACUUCAUGAACAAACUAUGUUUAAGCCUUAAAAACAGUGACACGUGCCUCCACUCUGGCAGCAAACGUGACCAAUUUAGCGCUCAGGCUAUUGAAUGAUGAAACUGCUAACUUUACUUAUUACUUGUUUACUGUAAAUUAGUUAUGUAACACACUCAAUGUGACUUUCUGACUGACAGUGGAAUCAAAGGUUGAUAAAAGCUGUGAGUUACGAGGAUGGGAAUUUUUACUGUGACCAUUAAGAUUUUUAUCUGUCUCACUUUUCAUGUUAAUCUGAUUCAGUUCCCUUAGCAUACUAUCAUGAUCUGUGAACAAAGAAGUGCUGUAGAUUUUAAUUUUAAACUAACAAAUGCAUUCACAAUAAACAAAUGUUAUCUCUAAUAAAUAUCUGUAUGCUACUACAAAGUAAUUUCA